AUGCUAUUCUCUGCAGCAUACCACACAGCUCAGACCUUCUUAAGGUCCUCCUAUCCUCAUACAGUGGGUGGAGUGGUAUCCCUUCUUCUCUUUUCGCUCGCCUGGCGAGUGGCAGCUGAAGAUUCAGGUUACAAAUCCCCCAUUGUGCUUUCUAGAACCGGCGGCUUUACCAUCGGCGGCAAUACUAUCAGCAAUCCCAAUGGAUCAGACAUGACUCUAUCCUGCGAUCAUGGCUACAUUGAAUACUUCAUACCUCAGACUGCAAGGGAAACAAGCCUUAUAAUGUGGCAUAGCUCGAGUACACAAGUUUGGCAAAACAGAUGGGACGGCGGUAGGUUCUUCUGCAGAUUUUCUUUUCCCUGAAUGGGCCAUGUCCUCACAAUUUCUCCAAAUAUCUUGUCCAGGGAGUCAAUUCUAAGUUCUUUGUAGGCGAGGGUUAUAAAGACAUGUUUCUUCGGCGUAAUUAUCCGGUCUACCUAUGGGAUGGACCCAGAGUAGGCAGAGCUAACUGGGGUUGUGUGCGUAUCAAUUAUGUCCCUCAAUAUGUCGAUGAGAAAAAUUUCAAGAGUUGGAAUUUUGGCCCUCAGUACAAAGAUUGGUGGCCAGGUGUGCAAUUUCCUACGGAAGACGAAGAAGCCUGGAAUGAUGCAACUCGUUCUCGAUAUGACGAGUUUGAUACAGUCGAAAAUGUUGAACUCCAGUCCGAUGUAGCGGCAUUUGCAGCGGACUCAGGCAAGUUAGGAGAUAAUAUCGUUUAUCUCACAAACUCAGCCGGCGGACUUCGCGCACAAUUGACAGCUAUCAAGAGUAGCUCUGACAACAUCAAAGGAAUGGUCACUUAUGAAAGUAUUGGUUACGUUUUCCCUGAUAACGUCGAUGUUGUUCCUGGCACCAGCGGUUUUGGACCUUUCGUCGUACCUGUCGAGGAUUUCAAAAAACUUGCCAGGUUGACAGCAAUUCAGUUCGUAUGGGGAGAUAAUAGACCGAGCAACAACACAUCAGUAUCCCAAUCACGAUAUGUUGCUGAGCUCAUCAAUUCAUAUGGUGGAAAUGCUGAAGUUCUCAUGCUUGGAGAUGCAGGACUCAAAGGAAGCACACACAUACCAUUCGCCGAUAUGGAUAAUGAGCAAGUUGCUUGUCUUCUGGACAAAUUCUUGGAGAAGAAUGACCUAGAUGGUUAUGUGAAGAAUGGCAAGACUAGACGGGGACAAGUAAAACAAGGGAAUAUCUAG